GAAGAAGGAACUUGAAUGAUGUUAUGCUGCUGCCUGUCGACACUCCUUUUCAUACUCCUUUGGCUUCUCCCCCAUUGAAGUCACCUUUAGGUUCUUAUUAUCAGCCCCAAGGAUUCAAUCCUCUCUUCGAAUCUUCCACGGAUGCCGAGUUAAAUAAGCUGAGAUCUUCAUCUCCUCCCAAAUUCAAGUUCUUGAGGGAUGCAGAAGAGAAACUUUUAACAAGGUUGGCAUUAGAAGCUGAGAAAAUGGUACAAAUCAGAAGGGACAAUGCAACAGAAGGGACGAUAGUAGAAGGGUCUUUCCUUAAAUUCAUCGCUGGUAAGAAGAGGGAACCUCCCCAGUACUUACAACAGUAUCCUUCAAGUUCUUCUCAGGUGCUGCCACUGUCUUCUUCUCCUACAACAUUCAGACCACCAGACAAGAAAGACACUCUGCAUUAGAUCCCUGUUAGAUGAGUUCCUUUUCUUGUUAUUUUUUUCUUCUCAAAUUAUUCUUUUAAUUACCAAUUCAUCUUGAAUUAAGACAAAAUCAAAAAUUUCUAAGAUUGAUGUUUAGGGUGUUGGUUUGGUUAGUUAAACUACCAUCCCUUCAUCCUCUCCACUGUAUUUUCACGAGCUACUGAUUUGCGGAAAUGGUGUACAGCUAAUCUUUUUUAA